GUACACUCGAACGGAUGGGACGUUCGUGAAACCGAACGAGACCAUGCUGAAGGAUGGCCAGACCGCUAUGGCCUACUACAGGAGCAUGUGGACUCCGAAGGACAUUGAGGCGGCAAAGGGCCUUUCCCAGAAGGACGUGUUCAGUCGCUUUCCCCAAUCUGCUAUGGAGACAUUGUUCGGGAUGAUGGCCAUGCAGAAGCAGGUGGAAAUGGGGAACGCCAGGGCCCGAAAGUAUUCUGACAGCCUGGAGGUGGCUAAUAAAGAGAACGACCUCCUUGCCAUGAAGAAUACCGAGGUGCUGGUUCGGCUUGACAAAGCCGAGCAAGAGAGAGAUGUCCUGAAAAAGGAGAAUGAUUCCCUUCAGGAUGAGAAGGACGCCCUCCAGCUCGAGAAGAGCGUCUGGCAGACUGAGCAGGAAUCACUCAGAGAAGAGAAGGCAGAACUCCAACGUCUUCUAGCUGAUGAACAGUCUGCUCGGAUGGCUUUUGAAAAAAGAGCUCUGGACGAGCGUACCGCUCUGAUCGACGCUAUCAGCAGAGUGGGUGGUGGGAUGCUGGCCCUUCAUGCUCGGUUCUCCAGGGUCGGUGCUCUUCGGUAUGCUCAAGGAUUCCGGGAAGGCUUCGCCGACCGGGUUCCGGAUGAGGGACAGACCAGCUCCACUCCGGAUGAGGUAGACAAGGAUCUGGGGAUCGAGCCUCUGGGGGUCUAUGUCGACCCAGAACCCACCGAAGCGGAGCGUAUAUUUGAUAAGUGCCAGGACAUCGCAUCCUCAAGGAUCAUCACAGCUCCUCCUACCGCUCUGCCACUGACCGCUCCCCAAUCGUCAACCGUGGCUCCCUCUGUAGCCACUGCUGACGCUGAACCCCAGCCGAACGACUCAGUUAUUCACCUGGAUUCCCCACCUCAUGAAGGUGAGGCGGCUGAUGGGGCCGAGGAGAGUGGUCACAUUGCCGACCCUUUUCUUCAUCUGCGCCUGCCGCAGGCGCACCCGUAG